AAGAAGGGCAUGCUUUGGUUUGGCGGGAAAAAGCCUUUGUCGGUUUAAGCAGCUGGACACACGUGGGAUCAAAAUCUGUCACCUCUGCUCAAAUUUCCUUUUCAAUUUACCAAGCCUCCCCAAAAUGAGUAAAAGAAGAAAGACUCAGAUUUCAGAAGAAAAUAACGAGGAAGGCAUUUCUAAGCCAAAGAAGAAUACUAGAAAGAAAAUGAAUUUGACAAGAGAAAGUGAUCUAGAAAUGUUAACCCAAGCUUCUCAGACCAGUCAUUCUCUCUCUAUACCAGAAGUAUAUGAAGAACAUAAAGAAAAUUUGGAAGAAGAUCAGGAACUAAGCUCUGCCAAGUUACUUAAGGCUGGUUCUGAAUGGAAAGAGCUAGAUUACACUAAGGUUGCAAUAUCUUCUUCACAAAAUAGGAAGCUCAUACCAACAUUUACUAAGUCAAAAAAAUCAUUGAUUAAAAGACCAGAAAAAUGUUUUGAGAAAACUACAGUAAUUUGGACCGAAGAGGGUCAACACAUGGAUAAAAAUGUAUCUAGAACAGCAGAAAAUACUGUCCAGAACCCAGUUAUAUCUGCAGAAUCAUCAGUGACAAAAAUGGAGAGUGCUAGAGAUCAAAUAAUCCCUCAUUGUGAAAGAAUAAAUGAAAGACUAGAUGUAAAAACACAAGAUAAAUAUGGGAUUAGAAAAACAAACAAUGAUGUCGCAUCAGGAUUAUCUGAUUCUCAGCAAAAAGCAGUAAUUGAACCAAAUUCACAAGCAAGCAACUACAGAGAAGAAAUAUCACAAAAACAAGUUUCUUUUUGUGUAUCAAGUAAUAAUGAUGUGAAUAAUUCUGAAAAGAAAACUCUCCCUAUAGAGCCACUUAAAUACCAACUGGCGAAGCAGAUGAAUGUAAGCAUGUUGCUAGAAGAUAGGAGAAUUGACCAUAUUAAAAGUGGCCAAAAUGAAGAAGAGUGUCUGGAUAGUUCAAGCAUAAAUGUGCAACAAGUUAAAUCGAUGCAGAUUAUCUUGAAAGCAGAUGAAACAGAUGACCCUAGCUGGAUUAAUAAUGGAAACGGGAAAGAUUCACAUUAUUCCGAGUGCAUGGAUAGCCAAACCCAAAAGGUGACCAACAUGAGUCAACUCCCAGUUAUUACAGAUAUAUUCAUUCCUACAUCAGGAAAAUUGAACAGUUCUCCAUGUACAACUAGUGCAAAUAAACAGAGAAAUGCUGAUGCCAAAGAAACAGAGGGACUUCCAGAUAAAAGUGGAAAAACUGAAGAACAAAAUGACAACUGUACAUGUAGCAAUAAUGAAAUUUCUGCACCUGGAACCUAUAAAUCUGUACUGAUUAAAAAAGCUUUUGAUCAGCAGAACCUCGAAUUGAAGGGCAAACCUGUAGAGAAAGACAUUAGAAGCAUAGACUCUUGUAGAAAAGAGUCAAUUCUUGCAGAGCAAAAUAGCAUCAAAAACCAAGGUAUUUCUGGGAAAGAGUUUCUAUAUGUUCAGCCUGUCAGUCCCUAUUUAGAAAAGGGAGUGGAUCAUUCUGAGCCAAUUUGUGACCAGAUCCUUUUAAAAGGAAGUCUGAUUUCCCCAGAGUUUAAUGAGGAUGUUCUACCUGAAAGCAGAAAAAAUUCUUUGGAGGAUAUUGCUUGCAUAAAGGAGAGCAUUUGUAACUCGACUGAACCAAAUGUUCCUACUCUGCUGAUCCAAAAAGAGAAUACAAUUUGUUCUGAACAUUUGGUGUUGAAUAUGCAGCAAUCAGAACUCAGAGAAAAUAAUUUGAUUAUAGACAAUAUUAUGAAUGUGUUGCCAAGCAGAAAUGUUGUUGAGAAAACAGUAAUGAAGGUUUCCAAGGCAGAACCAAAACCAAGGAAAAAUGUCUUCUUUUCCAGUGAUAUCUAUAUGGCAGAUGAAGAAUCAGCUCAGUGUGAAGGAAACAGGAGCAAACCUGACCAGGUGGAAAGCAGUCUCCAUUCUAUAGAGAUUCUUCCACCACAAGUGUUGGGUGACCCCAAUAAGGAAAUUAAUGCACAAUCAAAAAUGCAAGAAUCUUUCGCUGCAUAUGGGCCAGAUUCCAGCAUCAGUGCACCAAAUGAUCUUGACAUGGUAGCUCAAGCAUAUUCUUGCCCAGCUUCCUUUUCCCUGGAUCUGGAAUCUUUGCCUGACACUCUAUUGGAGGGCGUCCUGGAAAGCCAUGGUGUUGAAUUUCAAUCACAGAAAACAUGUGUUCUGAAUGAUUUACAGACAUGUUUCACGGACAAAAGUAAUCAGUAUACCACAAGGAAACAAGGAGAAAAUAAAAACUCACCCCCUGAUUCGACUGAAAUAUAUGCAAAUAAUCUCAGAGAUGAAAUGAAGAUGAUUUGUGAUCCGUCCAAACAGGAGGAUGCAACAGAGGUUGUUUAUGGACUAAUUAAAGAACUGUCCAAUCUCAACCGAUUGAUCAUGAGUACACACAGAGAUCUGGAUUCCUUCAAGAGACUGAAGUCUCGGAGAAACAAACAACAUGGGAGGCUCCUAUCCCACAGCAUGAACAAUAUGACAAGUAUGUCUUGUGCAGUGAAAAAGAAGAGAGAAUUACAGUAUAACAUGUAGAUUCUGUUAUUCCCUCAAUAUUUAUAAGAAUGUUUGUUCUACUUUUGGCAGUUUUCCUUAGCUAUGUCAGCCUAUCAGGAGGCAUGGUAUUUAUUUUCCGACAGUUACUUUUCAUUUCAAUAAAAUAGUUUAAC